AAAAAAUGCUAGAAAUUCAGCGAUAAAAUAAAAGAAUUGAUGUCAGCAAACGAGAUCUUUUAUACCAAGUCCAAUAGGAAAAAAAAACAAUGUUCUAAUCUCGUGUGUGUAAGGAAGCGUAAAAACUGUCCCAUACUCAUGUGUUAAACUUACGAAGGCACGCUUAUAUUAUCAAACAAAAAAAAACGUUGGCACGAAAAAAAUAAAAAAUGGUGAACGCUCAAAGAAAACCAUGGGUUGGAGGCAACUGGAAAUGUAACGGAACUGAAAAAAGUAAUGGGGCUCUCGUCAAGCUUUUAAAUCAAGCUGAGUGGGAUUCUCAACGUAUAGAUGUUGUUAUAUUUCCGUCUCCUAUUCAUAUGCUUCAAAUUCGUGACACGGUGUGUCAUAAAAUAAAUGUUGGAAGUCAAAACAUUUCACUAACGGGCUUUGGCGCAUAUACGGGUGAAAUGAGCUGUGAAAUGGUGAAAGAUGCUCAAUUGAAAUGGGCUUUGAUUGGACAUUCAGAAAGAAGACAAUACUAUGGCGAAAAAGACAGCGAUGUGGCUAUAAAAUUAAACGCCUGCCACAAAAAUGAUUUAUUUGCGGUUAUAUGCAUAGGUGAAAAUUUACAACAAAGAGAAAGUGGGGAGACUGAAGCUGUAUUAGCGUCUCAACUGAACGUGAUUCUUGAUUGUAAGGAUUGGUCCAAAAUCGUUAUAGCGUACGAACCUGUGUGGGCGAUCGGAACUGGAGUCGUUGCUUCGGUAGAACAAGUUAAAGAUACCCAUGCUUUCAUAAGAAGUUUUCUUCAUGAAAAAAAAGGUAACACUAUCUCGCAAUCGGUUCGAAUUGUUUAUGGGGGAUCUGUAAAUGCGAAAAAUUGCGAAGAAUUAUCGAAAUUACAAGACGUGGAUGGUUUUCUUGUUGGAGGCGCUUCUUUAAAACCGGAAUUUGUACAAAUUGUUAAUUCUGUAAUAUAAAACAGUUGACUUUUUAAACUUUAUUAUUCAAUUUUGUAAAAUGUGUUUUUGUUCUUCUUCGCUCGAACCACCACCCUUAUUCAUGUUUGAAUAAAUGCUUUUUUACAAAACGAACUAUUUAGCACUCUUUUUACCGGUGUGCACUGAUAACAUUCAAAUGACGUACGAAACGGCGAAGUCGGUCCCAACGUAAAAGUACAAGAAAUCGUUUUAAAAGUAUAGUUUCAUGUGUGCUGAUUGUUGUUUGGUUGUAUAGUAUGUUUAAACCUUGUUGAAAAGAGCGAUGUAAAUAAAUGGAAGGGUAAAUGACAUGAUGCGAGA